GCUGUUUGCCGGCAAUUUGAGACGAUUAGAGUUGAUUAGUGUGUCGUUUCAGUAAUAAGACCUUUUUGUAAACAAUCGAUUUUCAGUUCAAAUUAACUAUAAUGUGUUCCAGUGCCGAUAGGGGAAGGUUGUGCGGUGGAAAGUUAAAACAGUUUGUGGUUUUUUACAAUUUGGACUACAUUGUGUACGGGACGUGUGUGAUCGCAUUUGUGACUCUGUUCAUAUAUUUUAUGCUGCGAUAAAUUUAGGCAGUGACCAUGGAAUAUUAAAGUACGAACGAAGAAAUCUACAUAAAAAUGGAAAACCAAAACACAACGCACGAAGAAAUAUCAAAAGGGCUCAACUCAAAUGAAAUACGAGCCAACAAAAACAUCCCUUACGUAGACGAAUUGAUCGAUCUAGAGCAUUUCGGAGACAAAGACCCACAACGACCGAAAAGAGUUAAAAACAACGAAAAACUAGACGUAGAGAAAGCACAAAUUCACGCGUCGGACAUGGGACCAGUCAUCAAGUCACCCAACGCCGACACCAUAGUCGUAGACACUCCAGAAGGAACACUCUACAUUACUCUAGACGAAUCUUCUAGAUCAAGCAAAACUAGUCCAAGCAGCCCAAGCACGAAGUCAACGGAAGUGCCUUCGACGGUAUCGCCAAGUUCCUCCAAAGCUGGAGAGGAGUUUAAAGAGAAAGAGACACAAGAGAUGGAGAAAGAGAGGGAGGAGAUAGAGAAGAGAUCGCUGGGGCUGCGGAGGAACUCCAUCUCGAUGCCGACACUGCAGAACCUGGAGCUCGAAGUGAUGAAGCAGCAGUAUCUGAAGACGCCUGAUGGGAUCCCCGAGCACCACCAGAGCACGGGGUCGGGGUUCAGCGACGGCGACGCGACCGCCGACGAGGAGCGCGUGCUGUCUGAUGAUGACCGGGCCAAAACCCCGCUCCGCUCCCCGCGCCGCAAGUCGGGCGCGCCGCGGCGCAUGCGCAGCGAGUUCAGCAUGGACGACGACGAGUACUCGCCCUCCAACUCCGUCACCUCCGUCAACUCGCUGGCCAGCCUGCUGCGGGAGAAACUACAGAGCAUCCCCCAAAAGAUCCGCAAGAAGCCCUCAGACUACAAGCUGCGUGCCUUCGUGGGGCUGAUGUUCCUCGCCGUCUGCUUCUUCGUGGGGUUCGCCUACGUGUUGUACCACCAGCAGGCGCUGACGAAGGCAUACUUCGACAACGUGCAGUUCAACGAGCCUAAACGACUCGUCAGGAUCUUUAGUAGAGACGACACGGAGAUCUUGAAAGCUACCUUGGCGACAAACCUCGAAGGCAAGCACAAGGCGUUCCCCUGCCUGCCCGAGCACCGCAAGACGGAUGGCUCCAUCUGCCAGGAGUGGCUGCAGACCAUGCGGUUCUACCUGAAGUCUCUGCCGCAUGAUCCUGGUGUAGAUAACACCACGUGCUACUCCGUGCAUUGGCAGGCGCUGAGACCUGAUGUGUAUCCAACGGAUUGUUUCGACUGGGCCGAUUCGAAGGUGCACUGGUACGGAGGAGGGCAAUCAACCAACCUCACGUGGCCCUUAGACACUGGCUCCAUCGACUUCACUCCCUUCGUAACCGGAGACAUGCAGAAGUCACAGUGGGGAAAUGUCCUAACAAGAUAUUUCAUCAACUCCAAAGGUGCAGCCGUAAUUGUCGAUGAUGAAACCCCAUUGCAUAUUGCAGUGAAUAAAGGCAAAAAGGAAAUCUGUCUGAAAGCUAAGUUUGACGACUUCGCUUACGCUAACAAGAUUACAGAGUUUCCUGAGCUAAAAUACCAGAUUUGUACGUCUAAAGACAUGAAAUCACUUCAUUCAUCCAUACACAAUCACCAAAGGGCACCGUUGUGGGAUGGAUUGAAACCAGCUGAUAUGCAGACGCUUGAGUCUCUGAUUUCGGAGCCGGUCUGGCAGAUAGCGCCGCGGUUCAAACACGAGCUGCAAGCGGAAACUAUAUCUAAAUACACAGAAGACGUCAUAGACUUGGGAUUCUUGAAACAAGGCCACGUGCUUAUUAACGAGUUUUGGCAAAACGAAAUCGGUGAUUUGAGUGUGGACAGGAGCCGCUUUGAAACCCUCAACAUAACUGUGGAUAAACUGCACAGACGAGGGUUCAAAGUCGUGUUUACUGUCCAACCUUUUAUUAGUACUGAGAGUGGAAACUUUGCCGACUGCGUUCAAAAACGACUUCUGAUAACAGAAAGAAAUAGCGAUAGAAGAAUUCCUGCUCUAACCAGAUUCAAAACCUUAGCGAGUGCCGGGGUGCUGGAUAUAACAAACAACAGAAGCGUUCCUUGGUUGUUAGAGAAACUAAACGCAGUUAUUGAGGAAUACCACAUAGAUUCAUUCUUUUUAGACUUAGGCACAGCUUACGACAUGCCGCACUACUACCAAUGUGAGAAACGCUUGAUAAAUCCAGACCAGUACAAAACUCACUUCACGAAAACUUUCGAGAAAAUUCUAAACAUCAUUGGAGUCUCCUCAGCAAUCUCAUUACCUAGACCACCGAUUUUCGUUUCCCUACCUCCCUUUGAGUCUUCAUGGGAAGCUUUACGAAGAGUCAUACCAACAAUGUUGACCUACGGGAUAAGUGGGUAUCCUUUUAUCAUGCCAGGGGCGGUGGGUGGAGACAUCUACUGGCCAGGUAGCGAGCAAUUCCUGCCUUCAUCUAAGGGAUCCCUGGACGCGUCUCCGCUGAACGCGACUAAUUCUACUCAGGAGAACGGGGUGGCGCUCCCGGAGAAGGAAUUAUACAUGAGAUGGCUGCAGAUGGCGACGUUCCUGCCGGUGAUGAAGUUCACGCACCUGCCGAGCAAGUACAACGACGAGAGGGUGUUGGAGAUGGCGAAGAACUUGACGCUGUUGCGACAGAAAUUGGUGACCCCUCUCCUCCUCAAAUACAAACGCGAGGCCCUCGAAGAAGGUCUUCCUCUGAUCCGCCCUCUCUGGCUGGUGGCGGGCGGCGACGCGGCGCUGGUGCAAGAUGAGUUCGCGCUGGGUGAUGAGAUAGUGGUGGCGCCGGUGUUGAAGCCGGGGGAGACUACUAGAGAAGUAUACCUGCCAGCAGGACUCUGGCAGGACGGCAUCGACGGCUCGCUGCGCAAGGGCAACCGCUGGAUGCACGACUACAAGGUGCCGCUGCACCGCGUCGCCUACUUCCUCAGGAAACCCGACGACAUGAGGUUCCGGUAGCCCACAAAUCAGGAUGUCCAGAGGAAUUCAGGCCAAGGGAUGGUUGGGAUAAGUGACAGUGGAAGGGCUAGGGAAGUCAGUCCGAAGGGGAAAUUUUCGCUCACUCGAUAUCAUUUGACCACACGAGAUUUUCGUGAGUUAAAUACAAUAUUUUAUUUUAUAUAGGAUAGAAUGUGUAUUGAGGGAGCGAAAAUUUAGGGUCAAAAGGCGAUUCUGACGAUUGGAGAUGGACUCUCUCUCUUUGCUUCUGGGUCUUUCUCUGAAAAUUGCUGUAAAAAAAGGAUUUCGGUAGUGGCGAAAUAUCUCCAUCUAGUUAAAUAUGUCUCGCCGUUAGGGAUCGAAAUUAUCUUUGGAAUCGCCAGAAUGUUGUCUAGAGUGCUUUACCAUUGAUAGCAUAAUGUUAGCUUUUAAAAUAUUUUUGUCAAAUAUGGUGAUGACCGUAAACUAAUAAAAACUAAGUUUUCUUUUUUUUUCAUGCACGCUGUCAUCAUAGUUAAAUAAAUAUUUGAAUGUGUAUCUAGUCUAAAAUGUAUCAAAGAGUUGUUAUGAUCACUUGUUUUAAUACAAAAUAAGUUAUUUAUUAUACCUAGAUUGUCCUAGAUAGAGUCUUCCAUGGUAGGCAUGAAAACGAAUAAAAUAAUUAUGACCAAUAAUAGGAACGGAAAUAAUUUAUGUAAGAAUACAACUAACUGUUUUAAGUAUACUUAGAUUUUUAACAUAAGUUACUAGUGUGUAAAUUACAAUUAAUUACAACACAAAAUGUGAUUACCUACAUUCCAAAGUUUAGGUGCAUAAUUAAUAUACCUAGUAUGAGUUUUUAAAACGGCAGUGCUUUGCCAUUACGUAUACAAAAUAUUUAGCCAAUUUAAGUCUUGCGAAGCAGCAAAGACCAAAAUAACUUUUAGGACCUCGUUUCCCUAUAGCUAGCCUUACCUAUAGGUCAUAUUAUAAAGCCGGGUCCAGACAUAUAUCAUCAGGACCAGGCUUAAUAUGGUAAUUUCAGCGCCGUAUACCUACUGAGCAAUUUAUGAAAAAUCGUAUAAAACGUAUAAGUACUUCUAGUUAUUUAUUAAUAAUCAUGAGAUUUUUGUAUAUGACUUUACGUUUAAAUAAUAUACCUAAUAAUAAAUAAUACACAAAAUAGUAUUAUUAACGUAUGGAUUAAAAUGUGAAUGUGAAUUAAUUCUAAGUGAGUUCUUUAGUUUAUACCUACUGCCAAUAGCCUAUGCUAUUUUUAUUAGUAGCAUCUGUUAUUGUUGUAAAAAUACAAUGAUAAUUUUUAAUUUAAGUACAGUCGCUGCCACUUGCUAGGUAUAUUAACCCUUAUUCGUACAUAUAAAAAAGAGACUAAAUAAAAUAAAAAAUCGACAUUAGUAUGUCAAAGUUGUAAGCAUAGAAAGUACCUAGCCAACUUGUACGUGAUUAAAAUAAAUUAGCAGUAGCUAUUAUUGUAUUUUAUAAUUGCUUUUGUUGUCAUAUGAAUCGAAAGAGUUAUGAUUAUGAAUAAAUCGUGUUUUCUAAAACAA